ACAGACCCUCUUCAGUUUUUACAAAAACUGUUUUAAAUAUUGUAUUGCUUUCCGUCGCUUUAAUAGACUUUUGCUUAAUUAUUAUAGCCUUUUCCACCAUCGGUAAGUAUUUAAUGCAUACAAUAACUUUCUCAAAUUGUGCGUCAGUGUGGAGAUCUGCUCCCCCUUGCUGCGUCUGCGCUCUGACGCCAGAUGAAAAUGUAACCUUUUUAUUUAUUUAUUUUUAACAUCCAGUAGGACGUCAGAGUCACAGCAAGAAAACAGACAACCUGACGUUUUUUCCUUCACUAUCCGCUCAGGGAUAAUAAUCACAGUCAAGGUUUUGCAUCGCAUUUUCCUGACAGGAUGUCAUCUGAAAAUGCUGCGUCACAAGAAGCCAGUCGGCCAUCUCUCGAAUCAAAGACCGAGCCUUUGAGGAUUGUACUGCUGGGCAGGACUGGGACGGGCAGAAGCUCCUCAGGAAACACCAUCCUGGGUAGACCAGCCUUCUGGGUUGAGUUGUCCCCCUCUUCAAUCACCGCAAGGUGCAGGAGACAGACCGGGACAGCAGGCGGUCGGAGUGUCUCGGUAAUCGACACCCCAGGGUUCUUCCAUACAGACCUGUCACCACAGGAAGUCAUGGCCGAGGUGGGUCAGAGCGUUAGCUUGUACUCCCCAGGACCCGACGUGUUUUUGGUGACCCUGCAGCUAGGCAGGUACACCCAGGAGGAGCGAGAGACCUUGGAGUGGAUCAAGGCGAUGUUUGGGGCUGAGGUAUCCAGAUUCACCAUGGUCCUAUUCACCUGGGGCGACCAGCUCCGAGGCAAAUCGGUUGAGUCCUUCCUGGACGAGAGUCCGGAGCUGUCUGGGUUUGUCAGCAGCUGCCAUGGGGGGUAUCACGUCUUUGACAACAGCAGGCAAGAAGGGACGUCGGAGUCCCCAGAGCAAGUCUUAAACCUUCUUAAAAAGAUUGACGAGAUUGUUUCAAACAACCGAGGCAGCUGCUACAGCAACGUGAUGUACAAGGAGGCGGAGAGUACAAUAAGGGAGGCAUGGGAGAGGAUACUGGAGGAGAGAGGAGCCAAACUUCCGGCGUCUCUCAAGGAAACUGAAGGAAAGGAGAACGCAGAAGACUUGGAGAGAGCGAGGAAAGAGGCAGAGGAAGCCAGGAAGAGAGCCGAAAGGUUGUUCUGGUGCGAGCUGGUAACUGCACUGGGCAGAGGAGCAGCAGAGGGGGCAGGCAUCAUGGGAAAGGACAAAAGCAAACCAGUGAAGAAGGCGAAGGUGGUGGAGAAGGCGAUGGGUCUGGCGGCGUCGCCGCUCUCCAUCAAAUCGGCUGCGAAAGUGCUGGAGGGAGCGGUGAAAGAAGGCAGCAAGGUGCUGCAGAAACACAAGAAAACUCUGCUGCACUGA